AUUUGAACGAAUUACAAAGACAAAUUGCAUUAGAGGAACAAGAUGCGUGGGAUUACCUCGAAGCAUUUGCUGUUCUUGAACACUUAACAUCACUACAAGAUGAAAGAGAACAAAUUCAACAAAUUAAUGCUAUUGAAAACUUGGCAGCAGAGAAACUACAACAACGAUACAAUGCCGAACAGAUUCAACUACAGCAAUGGGAACAAAAUAACUGCGAACCAUAUGCUAUCGGCCAACAAUAA